CCCCAAAUAUUUUACCUAACUUCACUAACUCUCAACUCUGAAGUCCAAUCCUCACACUUACUGCAGUCUACAAGACUUCUAUUUUGCCCUUCCCAGAGAGAGAGGAGAGAGAGAGAGAGGCAGAGCAACAUGGAGAUUGAAGUGGGGCUAUAAACAUCCUUAUUCUUGCUCAUAGUUGCUUAGGUGGUCUCUCAAUUAAAAUUCUGAGGUGAAUGCUUGUUGGUGGGUCUAAUACAUAGAGAAAGAUGCAAAAGGAUACUGGUUCUGGUGGUACGUCAACAUCCAGUGGGCCCACUUCACGGUUCCGUCGGCGCAAAAGUUCAAAUGAGGUCCCUCCAGAAGAUGAUAAAGCAAAUGGCAGUCAUCUACUCGUUAAUGACCAUAAUAAGUACAAGUCAAUGUUAAUCCGCACGUAUUCAACUGUUUGGAUGAUUGGAGGAUUUGUCUUGAUAAUUUACAUGGGUCACCUUUAUAUAUGGGCCAUGGUUGUUGUCAUUCAAAUUUUUAUGGCUAAGGAGUUGUUCAAUUUACUUAGGAGAGCACAUGAAGACAGACACCUCCCUGGUUUUAGGCUCUUAAAUUGGCACUUCUUCUUCACAGCAAUGCUUUUUGUAUAUGGUCGGAUUCUCAGUCAGAGGCUUGUGAAUACUGUCACUACAGACAAAUUUUUGUAUAAGCUUGUUGGCAGAUUUAUCAAGUAUCACAUGGUUACCUGUUAUUUCUUGUAUAUCGCAGGUUUUAUGUGGUUCAUUCUUACAUUGAAGAAGAAGAUGUACAAGUAUCAAUUUGGCCAAUAUGCAUGGACGCAUAUGAUUUUGAUUGUGGUGUUUACACAGUCAUCUUUCACCGGGGCAAAUAUUUUUGAAGGGAUUUUCUGGUUCCUUCUUCCAGCAUCACUUAUUGUCAUCAAUGACAUUGCUGCUUACAUUUUUGGGUUCUUCUUUGGGAAAACUCCUUUGAUCAAGCUCUCACCAAAGAAGACAUGGGAGGGCUUUAUUGGAGCUUCUGUUACUACUAUGAUCUCUGCCUUCGUGCUGGCAAAUAUAUUGGGUCGCUUUCAGUGGUUGACUUGUCCAAGGAAGGAUUUGUCGACUGGUUGGCUUCAUUGCGAUCCUGGUCCAUUGUUUAAGCCGGAAUAUUUUACUCUCCCAGAGUGGUUUCCUGGAUGGUUUCCUUGGAGAGAGAUUUCUGUUUUGCCUGUGCAGUGGCAUGCAUUGGGUCUUGGUCUGUUUGCUUCAAUUAUAGCACCUUUUGGAGGCUUUUUUGCCAGUGGCUUUAAAAGAGCUUUCAAGAUUAAGGAUUUUGGUGAUAGCAUUCCUGGACAUGGUGGGAUCACUGAUAGAAUGGAUUGCCAGAUGGUGAUGGCUGUUUUUGCGUACAUUUAUCACCAGUCAUUUGUCAUACCGCAAAGCUUAUCGAUCGAGAUGAUUAUGGACCAGAUACUGAUGAACCUCACCUACGAGGAGCAGCGAGCUCUGUACAUGAAACUUGGGCAGAUAAUCAUGGAGAGGCAAUUUGGAGAAUCCUGAAUCUCAGAAAACCAGCCCCUGUAAUUUACAUAUCCACCGCGUCUGCAUUUCAUGUAUUUUCAUUUUUUUCUUAAAACUCGCAUGUCAUGUACAUGUUCCAUGUCUUUCUUCCUUACAACCAUAUUUAGGUGCAGGCGGUCCAAUCUUUUUUGCAUUGUAUAGUACUUUGGACCAUUGAUAGUGAUGAUGUUCACAGUAUGUAGUGCCAAAUCUAUACGCUUCUUUGGAGUUUUUCCACCUACUGUAUCUUGUCUCUUUAAGUUUAAGGCGGCACACAAUAAGACCAAGUUUUCAGCUGCAUUCUGGGCUCAAGAAAGUGUACACCAUUGACUGAAUAGAAGGUUGUCAUCCUUUUAGAAGCAGUUUCCAUUCUACCACAAAACUUGUGGUGUUUAGUAGUUUGACGGCAAAAAGUUUUUACUGCAAUGUGGGUUUGAAUUCUUACCAGAAUGAUUUGAUGGGGCCAGACGUUGGUUCUAAUAUGUAUUUGUCUUUGAAUGAGGUUGAGUGUUGGUUCUUAUUAGUUAUUACUCGUGGUUUAAUGUCAUUUUUCGGCAGAUUCAUUA